CGCGCGCCGUUGCCAUGCCCCGGACGGGUCUUGCAAAGGAUAAUAGACGGGCUGGAUUGUGGCGCGGAUGAGUUUGGACCUUGUGAAGGGCAGGUUGGAUUGCUGUGGCCGGAAGAGCCCCUAUGUGUCAGAUACGAGUUCGCUUCUAGGGCGAUCGAGGGUCGGCGACUACACGGAAAGGAUCCUUUUGGUGAGUACGCUGAGUGUCCUGCGCAGCAUGAACCUGUUGCGAGCUGAAGCAAAGCAACGACUCGUGUACGCGCUCAAGAGGACAAAGGCGCGUAUUGGAUCACGUGAUCGCGUCGGACAAGGCACCAUACACGUCCAAUGGCCGGGGCUGUCGUCCACGACGGUGCAGCACGGAUACCUCGAGGCUAGAUGGGUCAUGGUCCAGCAAGACCGUACGCGUCAAGAACGCGGAAACACAACGAGUCCCCGUACCUCCAGCAUACACGCACCCGCGAGCAACGCGCCACACGGCAGUGCCACACGACCUCUCUCAAGCCGCCCUCGCCGCCUUCCGUUCUCGCUCCCACUCAGGGCUCUAUCACUGCCGGCGACAUCGGCACAGAGGCGUUCGCCAUGUCGUGCAUUCGGAACGGCCAUCGAGCCGGACGACAGGACCUCGGUGUGUCCCCGCACCGAAGAUUCGCCGCUGAGCCUCAAGUGAUGUCCCCCCACGGAGUGGACCCGGAGCACCGAGGGGUAUAUAUGCACGGCCGUAGCGUCUGAAAGAGCGCACUCGGUUUUCCUAGGAUGGUUGAAGCUACGACUUGGCUCGUUACUGGGUGAGUCCUCGGUCCAGUCUGCAGGUCGUCUGGCACGCCUCUCACCAUUAUGGCCAACCGU